AUGGCAUUGGAUCCAAAAGAUUUGGCUGGCAAAAAUUGGGAUUUAAGACUUCAUUUAGCAGUAUCUAUGCUUCGAAGUAUUCUUCGAAGGUCCAAGCAUAAAACAAUAGAAAAACAACAAAAAUUCUUAGCCAAAGCUCACAUACCUUCCAGCCCUUCAACUUUAGUAAAAAAGGCUAUAGUACCGGAAACCUGUCGAUCCCAAGCUGAAGAUAUUAUGGCAGGUUUAUUAAGUGGACAAGAAGAAAAGGUUGGAUGGAGAUGGAAAGAUGAUCCAAUGAAACAAACUCCACUUAAAGGAGAAUGGGUUGAAUCAAAAACAAGAAAGAAGAUGACUGAUGCUGAUCGUGUAAUUCUAUAUAUUCACGGAGGUGCUUAUAUUUUAGGAAGUCCUGCUGAGCAUCGUUUUUUAAUACAAAAAGUUGCUAAAGAAAGUGCUGCCCGUGCUUUUGGUGUCGACUACCGAUUGGCACCGCAAUCACCAUUCCCCGCAGCACUUGUUGAUACAUUGGCUGCCUAUCUUUAUUUAAUACAACCACCAUCAGAUUCUGGGCUCGAACCAAUAAAUCCUAAAAAUAUAAUAAUUAUGGGUGACUCGGCUGGUGGAGGUCUCGCCUUGGCAGCAAUGUUGGUCCUUCGAGAUGCCGGCCUUCCACAACCGGUUGGCGUAUCCUGUUGGUCUCCAUGGGUUGAUCUUUUUCACUCACUACCAUCAAUAUUUGAUAAUGGACCUACAGAUUAUUUACCAAAUGGUUUUAUACAUAAAGCAUCUCCUGCAAAUCCAAUAAAAGAUAAUACAGACGUUAAACAAAGAUUAUCUAGAAUUCAAUAUUAUGCUUAUAAUUCUGCUUUAGAUAUUCCUUACGUCAGUCCUAUCUUGGCUGAUGAUUUAGGUGGUUUAGGAGAAAUAUUUAUUACAUGUGGAAAUUGUGAAAGAUUACGCGAUGAAUCAAUAUUAUUCGCGCAUAAGGCAGCAAAAACUUAUCCGGAAAUUUUUAAUACACCAAGAAAAGAAGGUCAACGUUCAUAUCCUCCUACCAAAGUUAGCCUAAAUGUAUUUGAAGCAAUGCCACAUGUCUUUCAACUUUUCCUAUUUCACCCAAUAGCAGUUAAUGCCAUCAAACGAACUGGUAAAUGGAUUCGUAAAGUAAUACCAGAACCUAUCAAUGGAGAUAAUAAAAGUGAAUCAUCUUCAAAUGAUAUGCUUAGUUUAUUUACAUAUUGUGAUAUAAAACCAAAAAUACGUGAAGAAUUUUCAAUUUCUGACAUUUCGGAUGAAAUUGAUGAUGAUGAAUUUGAAAUAUUUACAACAAAGUAUGUUGAUAUUAAGGGAAAUAGUCAACCCAAUGAAAUGUUGGAUGAAAAAACUAUUAAGGAAUGGAUUAAAAUGUUGGGAAAAUUGCCCGACAUUAAUAAACACCCUGAAUUACUUGAAGUUUAA